GAUGAAGACAAAGGCUACCGGAAACCGGACUCCAUAGUUUUCGUCAAAUGGCUGGUUUGUAUUCAUGCGAAAUCGUUUGUUUUCUCCAACCAUAAACGUUUCAUUUUUCAAAGUCUUUUCGGUGAGCUUUUUCAUGGAUUUGAAUGUAUGUUUACUAAACAUGUGUCGCGAUCUGGAAACAGCCGUUACUAAGACCUGGCGGUGCAAAUACAGCGUCUACUCCGACGUAAGCUGGUUAUUCCGAGCGAAUGAAUCUCACACCAAGUUUUAAAUGCAACAAAGCGCGGUCGUUUUUUAUUUUUGUUGUACGUUUACUUCGCUCUGACAUUUCUCCCGGUGUUUUGUUUUACAUGCGGUCCUCACCGGCAGAAUUCCACACUACUAACUUCGCUAAGCUAACGAACUGCUCUUAGAAAUGGAGAUCCACAUCUCGAGCCUUUUCCCGGAGAUCUUAGCGAUGAUUUUCAACUACCUGGACGUUAAAGGCAAAGGCAGAGUCGCGCAAGUGUGCACCGCAUGGAGAGACGCCUCGUACCACAAAUCAGUCUGGAGGGGAGUAGAAGCCAAACUCCAUCUGAGAAGAGCAAACCCAUCGCUCUUCCCCAGCCUCCAAACCAGAGGGAUCAAGAAAGUCCAGAUCCUCAGCCUGAGACGCAGCCUCAGCUAUGUCAUUCAGGGCAUGCCCAACAUCGAGAGCCUUAACUUGAGUGGAUGCUACAACCUAACAGAUAACGGCCUCGGUCAUGCUUUCGUGCAGGACAUACCCUCAUUGAGGAUCCUCAACCUCAGCCUUUGCAAACAGAUCACUGAUUCCAGCUUGGGCAGGAUUGCGCAGUAUCUGAAGAACUUGGAACUGUUGGAUCUCGGUGGGUGCAGUAACAUCACCAAUACGGGGUUAUUGCUCAUCGCGUGGGGCCUUCAUAACCUCAAAAGCCUGAACUUGAGAAGCUGCCGGCACGUUUCGGACGUGGGCAUCGGGCACCUGGCCGGCAUGACGCGCAGCGCCGCGGAGGGAUGCUUGAGUUUGGAGCACCUCACCUUGCAGGACUGUCAGAAACUCACCGAUCUGUCGCUCAAGCACAUUUCCAAGGGGCUCAGUAAGCUGAAAGUCCUGAACUUGAGCUUCUGCGGCGGGAUUUCCGACGCCGGCAUGAUCCACCUGUCACACAUGACCCAACUCUGGACUCUUAACUUGCGCUCCUGCGACAACAUCAGCGAUACAGGCAUCAUGCAUCUCUCCAUGGGCGCUUUGAGGCUGUACGGGCUGGACGUGUCGUUUUGCGACAAAGUGGGCGACCAGAGCCUGGCUUACAUCGCGCAGGGCCUGUACCAGCUCAAAUCCCUGUCGCUUUGCUCCUGCCACAUCAGCGACGACGGGAUCAACAGGAUGGUCCGGCAGAUGCACGAACUGAAGACGUUGAACAUUGGCCAGUGCGUCCGGAUCACGGACAAGGGCCUCGAGCUCAUUGCGGAUCACCUGACGCAGCUGACCGGGAUCGACCUGUACGGCUGCACCAAAAUAACCAAAAGGGGACUAGAGAGAAUCACGCAGCUGCCAUGCCUUAAGGUGUUGAACUUGGGACUUUGGCAAAUGACCGAGGUCAAGGGUUUAGGAGACGCAUCUGAGAUCCUGCCCUGCUACGCCUCGUAACGUUUACGCUACCUCAGUGUCGCCAGUGAUGUCUUGUUUUUCUAGAGACGUGUAUUAUAUUAAUAAGACGCACAGUCGCACCAUCAUGUACUUCGUUACUAAGCCUGUUUGGAAAAGGGGCUUGAUGUAGUUCAAAUUGAAUCAGCAAUAAAACACUGAACAGCCUUCCUAAUGGUAUAGUCUGAAAUAUGAUGGCUCCCUUGAAUGCCUUUGUUUUUCUGAGCCUCAAAUUGAGGUAAAAUGUCUUUUCUCAUUUUCACUGACAAACGCAUUUUGUCACUGCCUUUAAGUAUUUAUCCUGAAAUACCAGCAAUUGGAGAGAGGGAAAAAAAAAGUUUACCACGUGUGUGUGUGGACAAGGACGGAAAACUUGCUUGUUCGUUUUAUGUGAUUCCUCCCUGGUAAAAUGGAACAUAUGCAAUUUAAACUUUGUUAAAAAAAAAAAAGAGGCCAGUUUGCU